AUGUGUGCUGUUGGUUUUCUUCUCUAUGCAACCACUUCAUCGAAAGCAGCAACUGGGACUAUCACCACGUUUUCAGUCGCUCAAGUCGAACCAAGCAAAACUGUCCAUCCUGAGGUUCAAUCUCUCUGGAGUAAAGAUAUACAACGAUGGGCAAGCAAGGAUCAAAUUCUCGCGCUCGAAAACUAUCAACUGGCUCAUCCGUUGGCUGACGGUAUAAACUAUCGUGUGGCGAAUGCAUUCAUAGGUACGGUUUUCAAAGCCUAUUCUGAUCAUUAUCCACUAGAAUUAAGUGUAGAAGAUAUUUGGGUAGCUAUCGCUCAAGGCGUCAGUAUUCAUCUUAAUUCGAACGCAGAAAAGUUUCGUCACUACUUCGUGUCGCACAACGGUAAAAAGGAACUCAACCUGAACGUAAAUAAGCUUCAAUUACAUAACAACGAAAAACCCUCGGGUGUAAGUAUGUUGGUACCAGCGAUCAAUUGGCCAGCAGCUAUACGUUUGAUGACAGACUUGAUCAAAGCCGACAUGAAAGCGGCUGAUCUGGUUACUUUGAUCUCACAACCAUUUUCGCAAACAACAUCUAUUCAGCAAGCCGUAUUUGAUGCAUGUUUGAUGGACAGUGUUAAAGCGUACUACGACUAUCGAUUCGUUCUGGUCUGUGGUAUUCCACAAGUAACUUUACGUGGCUCACCGGCUGAUUUCCAGUCAGUGAUUGAUCGGCUGAAUCAAUUGAAACUGAUGUUUACUGAUCUACACUGGUGGCUCGAUCCACUGCUUUCACAUGUGCAAAAGUUCAAAGAGAGUGCUGAAGGAACGCCUGAUAUCGACUGGUGGCAGAAGGUGUGCCAUAAAGUCGGUGGUGGAUCAGGUAUUCACAUGUUAAUCGGAUGGCUUGCUGACUUUGUACCGUAUGUUGCUGAUGGAAAUGGCCAUUAUCGUAAAGCGCGACAAGAUUACAAUUUCCGCGGGAAAAUCAUGAAUGGCAUUGAUUUUGCCGAUUUCAGCGAAGCAGUCACGCAAACGAACUUCACUCUUGAUAAUAACGGAUAUGAAAUCCACAUGAAAUUAAUUGCCGGUUUUCUAGGAUAUUUGUCCGAUUUAGUUUUCUUUAGAUUAAAUACUAUUAACAUGGCUAAAUUAGCUGCGACAGAAAUUGAAGAUGGUAUUCCUUCAGUAAUGACAGGCGCUCAACAAAACGAUUACGGCGAUGCACGUAAUGUAAUUACUCUACACCAGGACAUACCUGUUCCUGGGGAACUAUCAUGUAAACAAAUUCUUAUUCGAGUUUAUGCCGCUGCGAUCAAUCCAGUCGAUUGGAAGGUACUAAAAGGUAAUCUGACGUUUAUUAAACGAUUUUCCUUCCCUCACACACCUGGUAGUGAUGUUGCUGGAGUGGUAGUUGCUAUUGGUUCAUCAGUGAAACGUUUCCGGGUUGGUGACAAAGUCUAUGGAAAUCUUGGUACGGAUGGUGGCAGUUAUGCUGAAUAUGUUCGUGAAAAAGAAUCACUCUUCGCCUUAAAACCAAGCAAUUUAACGAUGGUAGAAGCAGCUGCCGUACCGUUGGCGUGUUUAACUAGUUAUCAGGCAUUGUUCAACACAGCUUCGCCUAUAGUCGGACCAGGAAGUAAAAUCAUGGUAUGUGGAGGCAGUUCGGCUACCGGACUCUAUGGUGUUCAGUUGGCCAAAGCUGUAGGUGCUCAUGUAACAACAACAUGUUCACAAAGAAACUUCAGUUUGAUGGAAAAACUUGGUUGUAAAGUUGUUCAAGCAUGUAGUGACAUGACAACAGAUCCACAACAGUUACUCGUCAUUGAUUACAAUAACAAAGAUUUCGGACAAGAAUUGAAAGGUCAAGAAUAUGAUUUUGUGUACGAUUGUGUAGGUGGUGAACAACAAUGGCUAGCCGCCCAACAAAUACUUAGGCGAGGCGGUCAAUUUAUUACUAUUGUAGGUAAUGAUCCUGAAAUGAAGGUCUCAUUGAAAUAUAUGGCUACACUAGGUUCUACUCUUGUGGGACAUAAAUUACAGUCCAUUUUUAGUUCAACCAAACUCUCAUACAAAUUUCAUGCUAUUCGUGAAAGCUAUCAAGAUUUAGACGAGAUACGAACGCGAUUCUUGGAAACGGACAAAGUCAAACCAAUCAUCGAUACAGUAUUCGAUUGGCGAAAAGAUGGCGUUGAAGCAUUGUAUGCAUUAUACGAAAAAUCGAAGAGUGGCAAGGCACAAGGCAAAUUGGUUCUUAAAAUUGCCGACGAAGAAUGA